AUGCUUCCGACGGCGCCGGUUGCCGUGGUGGGAACUCGGCCUUGCUUGGUAAGGUGCUUGCUCGGAUGCCGAGGAAGGCCAAGGACGAGUCAUUUGGCAGAGCCAUCCGACAGUUCGACCAAGCUCCGCAUUGAAAACUUUGGAGAGGCUGUCACCAAAGGAUUCAAUAUUGUCCUGUACGCAAAGCGCGCGAUCUCGCCGCCAGUGUGGUGCUUGCCCAUUCAGGCGAGGAAACCAGUGCCCUCUUCCAAAGGCGUGACGGACAACCGACCACAAUCCUCCAGGUCACUCUACGAUCUCACGGUGCGACAAUUUCGACUCCUCCAGGAAAAGCUCGAGAAGAACGCGAAAGCCCGCGAUGGGGCACCCGUGGUGAAAGUUCGACCUACGUCAGCGACACAGACCUAUCUGUCGCUUGAUUUUCUUGACCCGUACGGGACGCACGAGGACAUCUACAACGCUGACGGACCUGUCAAGAAGCGAAAGGUCACACCCGAGACCAGACACUGCUUUCGUUGA